UGAACAAACUCGUCGGGCAGCCCCGUUGACAUGUCACCAUGGCAACACUGCACCGCAGGGAUUUCCUCGUAUCUCGCCUGUUUCAGUUGGUUUAUUAGCGAGCUGACGAGUUAAGCGAGGAAACAUGUUGGGAGUAUGUUACAUGAGUUGAGGAAAAACGUUAAAGCAGAGCUAAACGGGGGGAACACAGGACAGAAUUAAUGCAACACCACCGGACGCUAACUGUCGCAAAUAACAACAAAACAACAUAAAGAUGAAAGACUUCUGCUGUCUCAGAUAAAAGGAUCCGUUUUCCGGCUGAGGAGAACCAGGAGACGAGUCAAAGGGAACAGAGGAAGGUGCUAAUGUCACUUUACGGAUGCUGACUACCAUAAAAGAUGUCGGAUUUAUUGUGCAGGUGGUUGAACGAGCUCCGACUGACAAAAGUUGUUGAGCCAAAGACUAUAGCCAAAGAAUUUUCCACUGGAUACCUAAUUGGAGAGGUUUUGCACAAAUAUCAAUUGCAGAAUGAUUUCCACUUGUUUACGAGGAAAGACACCUCCAUCUCCAAAGUGAAUAAUUAUACCCGCCUUGAGCCUACUAUCCAGUUACUGGGCAUCUCCUUUGACGUAAACACAGCACAGGAGCUGAUGCAGGAGAAGCAGGGCGUCGCCUCACGUCUCCUUUACCAACUCUACACUGCACUUGAAAACAAGAAGAAAGCAGAGAUGACUGGUACCAUGAUGGAAAUCAUGCAGCCAGCAGCGAUUGCCGGCCUGCACAAAAAGCUGCAUAACAAGUACACUGAUAGACUACAUCAGGUGGUGAAACGGGAUGCAGAUAUGAAGCUGCAGAAGAUUACUCAGCAUUAUGAGGAAACAUUUCAGCAACUGAAAAACAGGGCUGUCCCGAUCCAUCACAUCCAGCAAAAGAGCUCGCUCAAAGUCCAGAAUGAGAGAACAAAGAAUAUUGAGAAGUUGCCCCGUCAGAAGUUCAUUGGCAUCAUGUCUUCUAACCAGGCCGCACCUGUUCAGGUGCCCAAGCCACCGCCCUACGCUAAACAACUGCACCUGAAGAAGAGACGACUGCAACAGCAGCAGCAGCAGCAACACAAAGAACGACAGGCACAGACGGUCCAGAAUGAAAUAUACCUGUUUGAGUCAAACAGAAAGAAACUGCUUACUGCUGGCGUUCCUUCCUCCUCAAGUAGUCUGCCCAUCGCUGGCUAUGUUCUGACUUCUGGCAGUGGCAGUGGCUUUGAGGAGCAUGGAAGUGGAAGUCAGUUCAUGUUGCAGCCCAAUAGCAAGUAUAUGCAGGAGCUCCGACAGAAGCUGGAGGAGAAUGCUGCAGCUCGCAAGCAGAGAGAUAAAAGGCGAGAUAGAUUCCUGGUGGAGCAGCUCAGGGCCCACGAAGCUCAAGAGGAAGCAUGGCGGAAUGAGCAGCUGGUGAAGCGUCUGACGCGUCAGACUCAGCAGGAACUGCGUUUGGCAACUCAGCUCCUGCAAAUUCGCGUGCAGAAGGAAGUGAUUCGGCAGAACCGCCUCUUCAGAGAGCAGCAGUACCAGCAGCGGAGGGAGCGGGACUAUCAGGAGGCUCUGCAGAGAGAGGCGGCUCUGGCUCAGCAGGUCAAGCUGGACCAUGCAGAUGAGAUCAGGAAGGAGUUUGAGUUCUUUAACAAGAUUGUUGCUGAGCGAGCGCAGCGCAAAUACGAGAAGCACUUUAACAGCUGCAAGGACAUUAUUGAGCAGAUGUUGGACUUGGCCACCAAGAUUGGAGAGUUUCGACUGAUCACUGAAAAUCUGAUUCCAGAGAAGCUGAUGAGGGAGUGGAAAGAAUUGUUUUUGAGUGGGUUUCCUCUCUACGAGCCGAUUACGGACCCACUGCCCGGAUUGGAGUCAUCUACCCCAGUAGACCCUGUGGAUAUUAAGAAGCAGGAGCUACUUAACAACCAGGAAUAUGAUGAAUACACUAACAUGGUAUGUGAUUGGAUAUGGCCAAAGGAAGCAGGGGAGACCAAAUCACCCCCAACCAACAACAACAUUCUUGGACAUGUCAUACAGCGACUGAGGAACAUUGCUUAUCCAAUCAUCGAGAAACCCAGCACACCUCCAUUUCCUCCCUUUAUCCUCAAAGCCUGUGUCCUGGGCAAGUUUUGCUCUGGCAAGACCACCUGCCUGGCCAAGAUCGCCAAGGCACAUGGCAUCAGUUUCCUAUCAGCUGACACACUGGUUGAGGAAAUGCUGAAUGCUUACCAUAAUGAAGAGGAGAUGUCUACUCUGGCCGCAAAGGGAGCGGCAGCAGAGGAAGAGCUGAAAAAAGGUCAUGGAAUUCCUAAUGAGCUGUUAGUAGACAUUAUAGUAGAGGCUAUCAGGCAAGUUCCACCAGAGUCAGGUUGGAUCCUGGAGGGAUUUCCAGUGGACAUCACUCAGGCCCACCUACUAGAAAAAGCCCUGGGAGGAUCUGUCGAAGUAGUGAAUGAAAUGGAAAAAAGCAGAACAGACCUUGUCAUGGAUCCUGAUCCACCCAAACCUAAGCCUCCUCCAGAUCCUGUUUUGGAUCUGGUUCUGCUGCUGGAUAUUCCAGACGAUGUCGUGAUCAGACGAGCAUUCAGUCACGCAGUUGGUGCAAAUACAGAUACUGCUGCUGAUACAACCCACAAUCCCUCAGACAAAAAUGUGUAUCUGGCACAGAUUCCACACAGGAUCACAGCUUUUCAAGAUACAUGGCCAAAACUUGAGAAAUGGUUUGGCACAAAGCAAAAUAUUCUGGUCCAUGUUGAUGCCAAUGUAGAUGAGGAGGUGCUCUGCAAGAGGGUGGAGUCUGUCCUGCAGUGCUACGUAAUGGCAGAGCAUAAAGCAUCCAUUACACUACCGGGGGACCAUCCUCCACCCGUCUCUGAUAACUCUGCAGGCCUCAAAGAUUCCUCUUCCAGCCUUAAAAAGAACAAAAUAUCACCAAGUGUGGAAUCACCUCCUAAAUCCAACACACACUCCCUCAGAGGGCGUUCUGAAAAGACAUCACCUUCCUCAGUGACCAAUGGAGCUCACAAGGAUCAAGCUAAACCUUCUUCUCCCCAUUCACUUCCACCCAACUGGGUCUAUGUGGAUGAACGGCUGCCUCCAGAAAUCCCAGAGUAUCUGUGUUCCCAUUGGGACAAAUUAUGUGUGUCUUAUGUGAAAGGCAUAAAGACAGUGAUGCAGCAGCUGCGCUCACAAACAGCUGUCAUUUGCCAUCACCUCUACAACAUCAGGGAGGAGUUCAAGCAUAAGCUGUGGCGUUCAGACGUGAAGCAGGAGUUUGUGUCCGAGUGGCAGACGGACUUCAACAGCAUAUCCGAUGACAUGAGAGAAGACGAGGAAACCAAAGCGGAGCUACAUCUGAGACUUGAUGAGCUGCAUGAACGUUUGCGCGACAUCAGUAACAAGCGCAAGGAGCAGAAUGAGAAAGAGAGGUCGUCUCUGAUGCACAGUGGCUGGCUGGAGGAUCACACUGCCAUUAUCAUCAGACACCACACUGCUUUCAUACAGGUGGAAUUGGGCCGUUUUCAGGAGACCGUCUCUGUUCUUAGGGUGUACUAUUUCAGCAUGCGCAAAGAGAUGCUGCUUGAGCCACCCUCCAACUUUGUCUGUAUCCCCCUACUGGGCAAAUCAGAAGUGAAGGACCAGGGCGAGAGUACUGAGCCGGCGGACACAGGUCAUCAAAAUGACGAAGAGAAAAAGAAGAAACCUAAAUUUCUCCAGUUCAUAUCCAAACAGCCCGACCCCCCAGGAAGGGUCUCCAAGGUGCAAGAACAGUGUCACACAGAACCAGUCAAGCCAACUCUUGAGAAAUUUAUCUCUGACUAUGACGAGGCAGUCGGAGCCAUCACCAAAUUGGUGUUAGCGGAAACCAACCAGGGGGAGACAAAAGAGCAGAAGGAGAAACCACAGGAAAAGGAGAAGGAAAAAGCCACCACAGAUUCUGGCAAAAAGAAAAAAGGAAAACAGUCAUCAAAAGACCAGAAAGUUCCAGGUCCACCAAAAACAUCUCUGACUCCCAGUCCUGUAGAGUCUGAUGGUAAAAGGUCAGAGGAGACUUUCGAUAAAAAAGUCAGAAACAAAUCACAAAAGGAGUAUGCAGCUGUACUGGAUCACGAGGAGAAUGCAGCAAAGGUGCGAAUUGCACUGGUGAAAGGCCAUGGUGUGGCGAAUGUGAAGCAUCUGCAGAGCAGAGCACACAAGGCCUUUAGCGACAUGGACAAGUGGUUAAAAGAAUACUACCAUGCAGAAAUGAAGAGUAUUGACCAAUUAAUAGAAGUUGCCCGGCAUCACAUUGAGACUGGUGCUAGGCUGCACAAUGAGCUGGUGUUGACAUUUACUGACUUCUACCUGAAUGGAGACUGCCUCAUGGUGACGAGUCAGCCUCGCCUUCCACAUCCACCCCCUCUGGAGACAUCCACACCGUGCACCCCGACCGUCACGCAGCUGGUGUCCCUCUACCUGCAGCUCUGCCACGUUGCUCCAUCAGGCUUCAUGUCCAGUUUUGAGUUUUCCAAUUUGCUUAGGGAUAUCACUUGUGUAGAUAUGAGCAGAAACCCCUUGCCUGAGUUGUGGAUUAACCUGACCGAAAGACAGCUGAUGGAGAUUGUGACCCCGCUCACGGACCAAUAUGAGCUGAUUGACUGGCGAUGGUUUCUGCUCAGUGCUGCCCUUCCGUGGCCUUUUCCCUCGUUAACGCAGCUGCUUGUCGUGCUGCAACAUUUCAAAGCGGAGGAUCCCGAAAACACCGGCUUCAUCGAUAGGGAGCAGUACCUACAGACAGAAUUGUGGUUUGCCAGGGAGAGUGUCCAGCCUGCCACAGACGAUCCCCCCGAACCUCUUCCUUUUGACCGCCUGUCUUACCUUCGCAAGUUCUUUUUCCAGUUGUUUGCGGACCAUUCUGUCUCUCCACCUCAACUGGACUAUGUGUCCAUGCUGCAGUAUUUUGCUGCUGACCCUGUUCCCAGACAGGCCUUCAUUAGAGCACUCAGUGUAAGGGUUGGACAAGUGCUUGAACAAUCCACAGAGGGCAAGCUUGUCAAGUCUAUGCCCAGUAUAAAGGACGACACAGAGCUCAGCCGCUCACAGUCUGUUGGAGUGAGCGAAGAUAUUCUCGAGGGUCAGAGAGUGUCCAUGCCUGCUCUGCUUGCUGUCAUCUGCCACAAAAUCACCAAGACAAAAGACAACAAAGUCCGUCCUCCUGGCUGCCCGAGUGAAAAGGAGCACACCGAAAAACUGGUCGACAUUUUCAGUGAGCUUGGCUACGAGCCGGAGGACAGUGUCCCCUUCUCCACACUGUCUCAGCAUCCUUUCAUCCAGAGCCUGAUGGAGACAUCGACACAUUACCAGCUUGUAAAAAUCCAUGAGAUACUGCUGCCUGAUCAGGGUGAAGGUUGCAUUCAAGACAACAAUAACUGAGACCAAAUCAUGACCAAGGUCAGAGGGAACUGAGACUAUGGGACAAGACCAAAACUCGAAGGGGCCUAAAGUGAUGAGGAAGGAAUGACAAAUAAGAAGAAGGCAGAAAUGCUACAGAUGCUAACAGGUGUAAAACACCAAAGAAGAAGAAGAAGAAGACUUUUAGUAACUGAGACCGAGUUAAGACCAAGACCCAUCCUCUGGAGUAUAAACAGUAUGUUAAUAUAUAUAUAUAUACACGCAUAUAUAAACAUAUAUGUAUACAUACUGUAAUAUGAUCAUUUUACAGAUUAAUACUAAAUUUAUUUAUUUACUGAAAAUAAUAGCAAUGCGCUGAAGUAGCAAACUUCACUGGAUGUUGAGGAAUUAUAAAUUACUGUGGGCAUAUUUUUUUGCGUUAUGUUAAGCAGAACUGCGCUUACUAGUAUGCUCUUCUUUCACUCUGUACCAGUGUAAGGUAUUUCCCUUACUAUGAAAGUUCCUUACGUUUAUUUGCCACAAUUCAAAUAAAAGUGAUUUAAUUUGAAAUGAAAAAAAGAUUUCACAUCAGUGAUAUCCGUGAUCGGCCACUACUGCAUCAAUAACCUGACUGCACUGUAGUCGGAAACACUUGAAAGAGUUUAUUAGUCUAGAGCCGGCUCUGCUCAGCACACUGAUAACACACACAGUGCACAAAGAUUUGAGAGGGUUGUAAUAUUUGAUCUGUAACUCUGUAUGUAAUCUCAAAAUUAGCAAUGGUAAUGUAAUCCUCGUCCAUAGACCGUGUAUCUUUUUGCGUAAUAAGUCACGUCUGUCGAGUGAGGUAGCUGUAACGUGGUGUCUAGUGUUUUAUCUGUGUGUUUUAUUUUGGACCGUGUUAUGCAAAUCAAGCCUGUUUGGUUUAGGAAAGCACACACAGCAAACACACAGCUCUGUCUUGUCUCCAUAAUCCUAAUUUGACUUUGUGUACAGGGAGUAGGUGAGGGGCAGCAGCUGUUCUCAUGUUUUCCAAAUUCCAAUCACAUAACGAAUAGUUAUCAUGGUCUUGAUUUAAAAUGCCCUGACCGAUAUGACGUACGCGCUGCGACGGGAUCUUGUGACAGAGACCAGUGUCUCAAUCAUGUUACAACACUAGCCAAGGGGAGACUAAAAAGAUAAAAGAUGAGAUGUGUACAAUACUUGCUAGUGUGGCCAUUUUAAAGUAUUCUCAUUGUCUGUAUAUGUUUAAAUAUUUGCUUAUUACGGUAUUAAAUAAAUGCCUCAUUUUUGAUCAUAA